AUGUCGACAGCAUCACCAACACCAGCGCCCGCAGGCGUGGUACGAAGAACAUCGCAACGCCAGGCAUCCCUUCGACGACCACCUUCACGCAUCUCGAUUGCCAAGAAUUCAGCCUUACCUGUCCCUGCAACUGCUCCCGAAGCACCAGCGGUUGCUCAACAGCUUGGUCAGCAACAACAAUACGAUAAUGACAGUUCAGAGGAUGAGAUUCCCGUGCCUAUGAAGCUCAGCGCCCUCACAAAAGCUCUGCUGAGCAAUGGUGCGCCCAUGCAACAACAACACGCGGCUCUGCCUUCGCCUCCUAGGACGAGACGGCAGACCAGCACGCUCAGUAGCUCGACCUCAUCAGCGCGUGAAGGUCGCAGGCACCUGAGGUCAAGCAGUGUCCAAGCCGCUGAGCCCAAGAACGAGAAGCCUUCCAGCCCUGUUAGGGAUCAAGAAAAGGAGAUUUCCCAGCCGAGGAAACGCGUCGUUCGUCUCAGCCACACGCCUCAGAGUCUCGGUCAGGUCGGACCCAGCAAGCGACGUUCCACUUCCAACACUAGGUCCAAUGCAAGGUCCUUGCCUCAUUCGAGAUCAGAGAGCAGGUCAGGUCACCGAGACGAAUCUGCCGACGAGAAGCGUGACUACCAUAAGGUCGACAUCAACACGCCAGGGCAGCCCGAGCGCGUCGUUCGAAUUGUUACAGGCUCUUCGGGCAAGCGCAGUCGACUGAGCUCCUCAGGACAGUAUUCUGGCCGCCAGCAUGACCGCUCCAUGGCUGAAAAGUCGACUCUGGACGGUGAUCAUGCCGAUGAAGAUGAUCCCGACGCUGUGGCACGAAAUGCACCGCCCGUCAGUGUUGGCGGAAUGGCCAAUCCUCAGGGAUCCAUGCGGGUGAAACGAAUUGGAAAAACGCCAGGGAGCUUCCUAAGCGGACCUGCGCGUCGUGGGAGGCGAAGACAGAGCGAAGAGGACGAGAACGGUGACGGUGAAAAUGCCCUGCACGACCCGGAGGCGAGCGCGAUGCGAGCUGAGGACCUGAUGGUUUCCUCGUUUUAUGGCGCUGAGUCUAUGCGAGACUUCAACUCUGGCAGUCCUGUUAGUGGUAAUGCUGCUUCGAGGGCCAGCCACCGCAGGCAGGCAUCAAACGCUGACCUCCUGGGCUCCGUCCGGCGAUCAUCUGGCCUUCGAGAAUUGGCGCAUGAGCCGAACGGUGAAAUCGUGAUCCCUCAGUCGCGGCAGCGUCCUACCGUGCCAUCAACAAACGAUCAGGAAAAUGCGGGCCUGGCGAGUUCCAAGCCUCCAAAACCACUGGAUCUGUUAGGCGUCCAGCCGCUGAAUGUCGAAGCCGGCGUGGCAAAGGCUUCGCCGGAUAGGAAGCCGUUGGGUACUGUCGAAAGGAAUACACCUCGUCGAUCUGCACCCGCACCGCCUCCGAAGAUGUCAGUGCUGGAAGCCGCCACCUCCAACGCGGGAGCGUCCACCACGACUCAGGCCAAGCAGCGCAGAAACGUACUCAAGGUCAAUGGGAAAUGCUACACCAGGCUCGACUGCUUGGGGCGUGGCGGCAGUGCCAAGGUGUACCGUGUGACGGCAGAGAACGGGAAAAUGUUCGCCUUGAAGCGCGUGGCACUUGAGAAUGCGGACCAGGCAACUAUCACAGGAUACCGUGGCGAGAUUGAUCUCCUGGGCAAGUUGAGCAAUGUUGACCGCGUCAUCAACCUGUUUGACCACGAGCUCAACUCGGAAAAACAAGUCCUUACUCUGCUCAUGGAGAUGGGUGAGCUGGAUCUGAACACUCUCUUGAGGUCGAGGCAGAACCCGGAGAACGCCAAGUUUGAUCCCGUCUUUGUUCGCUUCUACUGGAAGGAGAUGCUGGAAUGCCUCCAAGCGGUCCACCAGUGCGAUAUUGUCCACUCGGACCUGAAGCCUGCCAAUUUUGUCCUCGUCCAAGGCCGCCUCAAGCUCAUCGACUUUGGCAUUGCCAACGCUAUUCAGACUGACCAGACGGUGAACGUUCACCGCGAGAACCAGAUCGGAACACCCAAUUACAUGUCGCCCGAAUCGCUGCUCGACUCCAACAACCCCCGGGGAGGCCGUGUUGCAGGACGCCCAAAGCUGAUGAAGCUCGGAAAGCCAAGUGAUGUCUGGUCGCUGGGCUGCAUCCUGUACCAAAUGGUCUACGGCUUGCCUCCAUUUGGCCACAUUGCCAACCAGAUGUCUCGCUGCCAGGCCAUCAUCAACUGGGACCACGCCAUUGAGUACCCAUCACGCGGAAUGGGUGGUGCGCCCGUACCGCCCUCACUUAUCCGGACGAUGAAGCGCUGCUUGUACCGCGAACAGCACAUGCGUCCGACGUGUGCAGAGCUUCUCAACGAGUCUGACCCGUUCCUGUAUCCGGCUGAGCUCAGCGACAAGGCUACCCCGAUCGACGAGGAGCUCCUUGCUAGGAUCAUCCAUAGCGUCGUCAACCGGUGCAAAGAGCGAAUGCCUACGGACGCUGAGGUGGCAAGCGCUUGGCCUCAAGCAUACUGGGCGAGCGUGCGAAAAGCCACGGCUGGCCGCAUGUAA